GUGAAGUUCACAGUUCAGGUUUUUGAUCAGAUGCCAACAAAAUCCUUAUCCUCUGUUAUUAUGAGGUAAGUACCACAAAGAAACAUCUUCUCAAUGAAGCGACUAUCAAUGAAGCGAGAACCCAAUUCAAAUAAUUGUGUGUAAUUGUGAAACAACUAGCUUUUCUACAAUUCCAAUUAUAUUUGCUCCUUUUGUGAUUUUAUUCUAAGCAUAAUUCGAUUUAGAUAACUCUUUUCAUAAAUUGAAUGAGCAUAUCAAAAACUAACUGCAUAUCUUAAAGGUGACUAGAGGACGAAAUGAGCAUGGAACCUAGCUAAAAUUUUAGACCUGUUAAAGUCUGGUGCUGAAAAACAGUAUGACGCUAUAGCAAAAAUGCAGACCUAAAUUGAUGAACUUGGAAAUAUUGGCAGAAAACGUUAUCCUAGUUCUAAACAAGCAUGCACUACUUAUUUUUUUCUCUCUUCUUUUCUGAGAAGCUGUUAGCCACCAAUUUGAAUUGGCGUCAAGAAGCAGAAAAAAAAACAUACGGAUCCAUUACUAACCUCCUAAGAGAGGCCAUUAAAAUCUUCUUUCUAUUUGUUGUAGAAGGUAUUUAGUCAAUGUUUUUUGUUUAAUUUGUAAAAAAAUUGUAUUAUAUGCUUUUCAGAUAAACCUUUGUAAAAAGGAGUUUCUUACUACCAUCAUGCGUCCAAUUAAAGCACAAGAAUCACUGAAAAUCCCAGAUGAUGUUACAGUAUCGGUACGUGGCCGUGUUGUUCAAGUAGCGGGAAAACGUGGAAAAUUAGUUCGAAGUUUUAGACAUGCCCGUGUCGAUAUACAUAAACCGUCAAAAAAUCAGAUUGUUGUCGAAAAAUGGUUUGGUACAAAUAAGGAAAAUGCUGUUGUUCGAACAAUAUGUUCACACAUCAAUAACAUGAUUAAAGGAGUGACAAAAGGUUUUUGUUAUAAAAUGCGCUCAGUUUAUGCUCAUUUUCCAAUUAAUACUGUUGUUGCCGAUAGUGGUCAAGCAGUAGAAAUUCGAAAUUUUUUGGGCGAAAAAUUUGUUCGUCGAGUUCAAAUGAGACCAGGUGUAAAAGUAUCAACUAGUACAAAACAAAAAGAUGAAUUGAUACUUGAAGGAAAUGAUAUUGAACUUGUAUCAAGAUCAGCUGCACUUAUUCAACAAUCAACAACCGUCAAAGAUAAAGAUAUCCGAAAGUUUUUAGAUGGUAUUUAUGUUUCAGAAAAAAUACCAUGUGAUGAAAUAUAA